AUGGAAGACGCUAUCUCCCGUCCUCGCAACACAAGGAUUGCCGUGGUCACCGGUGCGAACAGAGGUAUCGGGCUAGAGGUGUGCCGACAGCUGGCCGUCAAUGGCAUCACCGUCGUUUUGACAGCAUUGGACGAGGGGAUGGGCGCGGAAGCCAUCGAGAAGCUCAAAGGGCUGGCUCUCUCCGAUGUUCUUUUUCACCAGCUUGAUAUCACGGACGUUUCUAGCAUUGCUCGAUUAGCAAACUUCUUGAAUACCCGAUUCGGGAAGUUAGAUAUCCUGGUAAAUAAUGCCGCGGUUGGUGGGGUCGUGUACUCUCAAGAUCCUGUUGAUGAUCUAGAAUCGAGAGAGGAAAAGUUCAAUCUCAUGGAUAGGGAUCAGAGGCUUGAAUGGUUGUGUCGAAACUGCCGGGAGACCUACAACGCUGCAAAGGAAGGCCUGCAGACAAACUACUACGGCACAAAGCAUGUGAUCGAAGCCUUGCUGCCUCUGCUGAAAGCCUCCGACGAUGGAAGAAUCGUUAAUGUCUCCUCCGACUUUGGGUUGCUAAGGCAUUUCAGAAACGAGGAUCUGAAGCAAGAGGUGAACGACGUGAGCAAGCUCACCGAGGAGAGGCUGGACCAACUGCUUGACCAGUUCCUGAGAGACUUCAAGGCCGGCACAGCAGAAGCACGCGGGUGGCCAGUAGCGUUCGCGGCCUACAAGGUGAGCAAGGCGGCCGUCAACGCGUACUCAAGGAUCCUGGCGGCGAAGCAGCCAGCGCUGCGCAUUAACUGCGCGCAUCCCGGCUAUGUCAAAAGUGACAUAACCUUACACUCGGGGCUCCUGACGCCGGAGGAGGGCGCGAGCAACGUGGUGAAGGUAGCACUGCUGCCGGACGGCAGGGUGACCGGCGCUUUCUUUGAGGAGGGCAAGAAGCUGGCCUCCUUCGUGUGA